AUUCAGUCGAUUUUUUGGUUGCCUAUCAUCUCAGCUUUGAUAACUUUCCUAAGCUGUCAUGAAUUAUCGACGUGCAUACACUAUGGAAAGGAAUGUCGAUUUACCGAUGAAUUAUGUUGUCACCCAUACGAAUGUCGAUCGAACGGUAUACCACACAAAGGUGCAUGCACCAAAUGUCGAAGUACCAAUGAGACUUGCUUAUACAGAUGGGAAUGCUGCAGUCGUCGAUGUUCUUUCUUCCACUGCCUUUGAUAGACGUAAUAAGCAUAGAAGCGUUGAUCAUGAUCCCAGAGUGUAUCUUUAUGAUUAUUAAUGAACCAAAAAAAUAAAUAAAUGCCAUAUACAUGCGGAAAUAUAAUAGCAGUUUUUUUGCUAUUCUACAAUAAAUAUGCUUAAAUAUUCUGCUGCAUGUAAUUCGUGAAUGUCUCUUUUCCUUUCCGAUAAUUUAAAUGUAAUUUGAUCUGUUUGAAUAAACUUU